AUGCUGGCCUCUCUUGUGAACCUCGUCAUCGCCUCGGCGCUUGGCGUUGCGGCUCUGCCCAAUGGCGCAAAGCUCAGCAACAUUGCCGGACGCGGUCUGUUCGCCCCGAUCUCGACGAGCAACCCGGCCGGCAUCUCGGGCGGCACCACGGCCACCGGCGCCGAUGGAGCGCCCGUGAGCUCGUUUUUCGCAGGCCUGAAGCCUCCGUUCCCGACCAACUCCUGGUGGGCCUCGUACGCCGCCACGCCCGGCAACGGCACCGCCUCGGGCCCCUUUCCCUACGAGUCGCAGCUCGACGGCCUGGGCAUCAACUUUGGCGUGAGCAACAGCCGCCAGUUCGACGGCACGUCCAUCAAGCAGCCGACGCAGAACGACUGGCGCGCGGGCUUCGCCGAGCACUCGGGCGCCUUUGCCAACCACAAGGCGACGGCCUUUGACACGCACUCGGUCACGGUGCAGUACUUCCAGGGCGGCGCGAGCAUGACCUCGCCGCUGAUUCCCGGAUCGCCGUACAUUACGCUGCAGUACCAGGCUGCCACGCCGCUGCUGACGUCGAGGAACGGGGGCAUUGCGUCGUUUAACGGACAGAAUCUCUCGAAUGGACAGAGUGUCACUGCUACUGGCACCUCGUUCACCGUCGUCGACACCACCGGCACCACCUACGUGAUCUACGCCCUCUCGUCCAUCUCCCUGACUGCCACGGCCACCAACAGCGCCCAGGGCACUAUCAAGGCCACCGGCACGUACAACGGCGUGCUCCGCCUCGUCAGGCUCACCCAGGCCAGCCACAAGGCGCUCCUCGACCAGCACUACACCGUCUACCCCACGGGCGUCGGCCUCGACUACAGCUUCACCACCACCACCGGCACGCUCAUCUUCAACUACAACACCGUGGGCGACGGCAGCCAGCUGCUGAUGCUGACCUGGCCGCACCACCGUCUGUCUCUGCAGGGCGCCAACCAGCCGGCCACUUCGUCCCUGGGCUACCUCACCACCAAGGGAUGGAUGUACCCCAUCAUCGGCAACCAGUGGAAGCUCCUGUACCAGCUGAGCAGCAUCACCUGGAACCCUCCUCGCGCGCUCGACUCCUCGUGCAGCUCGGCCGUCAUCCAGGGUCUCCAGUACGAGAUUGGUCUGCUCGCGAAUUCUACUCCUCCUGUGCCCAACGAGUUUUACUACUGGGGAGGCAGCCUCGCCGCUCAGGCUCGUCUUGCCCUCAUUGCCGAGGCUGUCGGCCGCACCGACCUCAUCCCCACGGUGACAAACUACCUCAAGACCAGCUUCCAGAACUGGUUCACGCCCAGCACCGGCGCGUCUCCCGCGUACGAAACCUCUUGGGGCGGCGUCAUCGACAAGGCCGGCGCCACCAACUCGGGCAUCGACUUUGGCAACGGCUACUACAACGACCACCACUUCCACUACGGCUACUUUUUGUACGUGGCCGCCGUCAUUGCCAAGUACGACGCCAACUGGCUGGCGCAGCAUAAGGACUUUAUCAACUGGUUUGCCCGAGACAUCAUCAACCCGUCGCCCAACGACCCCUACUUCCCCGUCACCCGCUGCCGCGACUGGUUCGCCGGCCACUCGUGGGCCUCGGGCAUCGCCAACGGGGCCGGCAGCCGAGACCAGGAGUCGACCGGCGAGGCCGUCAACGGCUACUACGGCGCGCUGCUCUGGGCCACGGUCGCGCUGUCGCAGGACUACGUCAACUACGCCCGGCUGCUCGUCGCCACGGAGCAGCAGGGCGCCCAGGUCUACUGGCACCUGUACCCGCAGCAGAGCCAGACAGACCCCAACAACCCGUACCCGGAGCCGGCGGUGCGCAACCUGGUGACCAUGGGCAACGUCGAGGACUGGCAGUCGGGCGCCUGGCUGUUCUGGGGCAACCAGAAGAGCGAGAUUGCGGCCAUCCAGAUGCUGCCCGUGACGCCCAUCAACGAGGUGCUGUACGACGCCCAGUGGGUCAACAAUGUGUGGUCGUAUGCCCAGAACGAGAUUGUCGACCCGUCGAUUGCCGAUGACUGGCGCUCCGUCAUGAUUGCGGCCUACUCCAACGCCAACCCUCAGACUGCUGCCGCCUGGAGCGCCAACCUGACCACCUGGGGCUCCGGAAACACCUUCUCCAACGAGCUCUUCUUCAUCGGCACCCGGCCCAACCCCAGCGGCCAGCCCAUCUGCGGCUCCAACUUCCCGCAGAACCCGUACGGCAACUUCAAGAUCCAGUCGGCCACGACGGGCCAGUGGGUCGUCGCGUCGACGGCGUCGUCCAACCUCGUGGCCUCGGGCUCGCAGGCCAGCGCCGGCGUCUUCAUCAGCUCGUACACGCCCAACGCGGGCAACCUCAAGCUGACGAGCAACAACCAGUUCGUGACGGCGGACCAGUCGGGCAACUUUGCGCUGCAGGCGGCCCGCGCCACGGCCUCGUCCUGGGAGGUGUUUACCAUCCGCCAAAAGGUCGGCGCCGCGGCGGGCGUGUACACGAUCAAGGCUGGGAGCAACGGCAAGUGGGUGACGCUCGCGUCGGACGGGUCGUUGAUCAACAAUGGGGCGACGGAGGCUUCGGCUGCUGGGUUCAAGUUUGUCCAGUCGUAA